AUGGAAGAACACGUCACCGACUUCGUCAAGCACUGCCUCAACUGUAUGGACUCCAAGGCGGGGGAAAAGGUGCCUCAACCGCUUGGGGAGACCGCCCAUGGCACGCGUCCCGGCGAAGUUGUUCUUUUUGACUACCUCUACGUGGGAGCGAGUGGUCUGCUGGGAAAAGAUAGCUUGGACGAGGAGGACGGGUUCAAAUACAUUUUGGUCAUGAUGGACGACAUGUCCAACUGGGUUUGGCUGGAGCCCACGGGGGCAUGCACCGCCCGCCUGACUUCGCAGCAUCUCCUCACGUGGUGCAAGACUUUGGGUGUUCCGGAGGUCUGGGUGAGUGAUACCGCUUCCUAAAUCAAAAAACACUUGAUGGCUGCCCUUGAGAUUGCAAUCGGUGUCGAUCGAAAAUUUUCCGUCGCCAACUCUCCCUGGUCUAACGGUACGUGAGAGCGAAUGAUGCGCGAGGU